AGCACAUUCACUUAUAUGUAUUCUAAUGUGACUAACAUUUUCAGGCCUCCCAAGCAAACUUGGUUGUUGAUUACAAAGAUUGGCAAAUUCCUCUUGGACGUCGAUUUAGAUCAUUGAAACUUUGGAUGGUGUUAAGACUGUAUGGUUUGGAAAACCUACAGGAUUAUAUAAGAAACCAUGUCAAGUUGGCUGCACAUUUUGAAAGCCUGGUUGCUCAAGAUCCAAGAUUUGAGGUUGUCACCCCUCGAAUAUUUUCAUUAGUUUGUUUCUGUCUUUUGCCUCCCCAAAAUGAUGAGCAUUGUUGUAAUAAAUUGAACCGAGGCCUUUUAGAUGCGGUGAACUCAACUGGGAAUAUCUUCAUAUCUCACACGGUUUUAUCAGGUACAUACAUACUACGUUUUGCUGUUGGUGCUCCAUUGACAGAAGAGAGACAUGUGAAUGCUGCAUGGAAAGUUUUGCAAGAAAAGGCGACUUCCUUGCUAGGGAGCCUCUAGGUAAUUUCGUUUUUGUUCUAUGGUGACAGAAAUACUUUUUCGUUUGAUUCAAAGUGGUCAAUUAAUUGAUAAUCUAUAACUCAAAAACUUCGGCUCAUUCAAGCCCCAACAAAGCAUUAUCUGUAGUAUUCUAUUCUGCCUACUGCAAAGGAAUUGUUCUUUACAAUAUGACUCUGCCUUCAUUGAUGAAGCAGAUGGGGUUUAUUGACUGGGUGAAGGGUGCAAG